AUGAAUCCAAUAAAUCCAAACACUUUAUUUGGUGGUAGAUGGUAUGAAAUAGUUGACAGUUUUCCAUUCUACACUAAUACGCAGUCAAUGAAGAUGGGAGGUUCAAAGAAAAUAGGUAUUGAAAACCUUCCUUCACAUAUGCAUAGGUUCAGUGGAAGAACAUCUGUGGAAGGAAACCAUUCACAUUCAAUAACAAAAAGAGGUUAUAUAAAUCUUGCAGCGGGUUCGGAUAGACAGGGAAUGAACAGAUAUGAUAUCUCAGAUGACCCCAAAGAUUCAAGCACAGGUAUUUUCUGUGGAACUGCAGGAAAUCAUACACAUGUUGUAGCUGGUAUUACAGACCCAGCAGGUAAUGGAAAAGAUUAUAUGCCUCCUUAUAUAACAAUGCACGCUUGGAUACGAGUUGGUUAA